AUGGCAGGUGCCAAUUACGGCGGUAAAUAUCCAAGACGAAGCAGACAUUCGAUAUCAGAGGCGAUUUCGGUUUCAUUGGGACUGCAGCACGAUCAUCACGACGGAAAUUCGAAUGCUCCAGAAGGUCAAAAUGAAUUAUUUACGCCAUCCCACAACAAUUACCUUGGGCGGUCGUAUGUGAGUGGGUUUCUUUCAGAUUCGCCGUAUGGGUCGCAAUCGUUGGAAUCGGACGUGCUUCCCACGUCUAGGCUGAGGGUGAAAUCUAUACACGCGGCUCAGAAGCUCCACAGACAGACUGCUAAGUUGUGUGAUGACUUUAAUGAACCGGAGGAAGAUGAGGCUGUGAAGAGUUACUGGAAUGGCGGCGAAGAGGACGCAGACUUCGUGGAGGAGAGCGAACAUGAGAUUGAAGACGAGAUUUCUAGACUUCCUGUUCAUGCCUUGGGAGAUGAGGACGAGGAGGAGUUCAACGAGGAGUACGAAAGCCUGGUGUCCGGCUCACACGGCGGCUACCGUGCUAUCUCGUCCUCUAGUGGGAGGGGAUUGCGAUCGACUGCUCGCUCCUUGAUAUGGGAUCGUUUUGCGUCCAGAUGCUCCAAGACUGUGUAUUACUUGCCGGCGGCGAUCCUGGGCCUGCUGCUCAACGUCUUGGAUGGAUUGUCAUACGGUAUGAUCAUUUUCCCUAUCACAGAGCCAGUAUUUUCCCGUUUUGGCCCAACCGGUCUAUCGAUGUUCUAUGUUUCCACAAUUAUCUCUCAAUUAACCUACUCCGGUGGGCUGUCGAACUUUACUUCGGGCAUCGGUAGUGAGAUGAUAGAGGUGACGCCCUUUUUCCACACGAUGGCGAUGGCUAUCAAGGAUGCAUUACCGGGGAAGGAUGACGAGAUCAUAACAACUACUAUAUUCUGCUAUGCAAUCAGCGCUGUGGUGACAGGCUUUAUUUUUUACAUUCUAGGAAAGUUGAAGAUGGGCAAGAUCGUUGGAUUCUUCCCUCGCCACAUCCUGAUUGGAUGUAUUGGUGGCGUGGGGUACUUUCUGGUGAUUACAGGUCUUGAAGUGACUACCAGAGUCGCCAAAAUUGAGUAUUCGUGGUCAUUUGCGUCGCACAUGUUCACCGAUAUCGACAUUUUAUUUAAGUGGCUAACUCCUCUGUUGCUGACUGUGCUGUUGGUAUUGACUCAGCGGUAUUUCCAGAAUUCACUGGUCCUUCCGACCUUUUAUAUUGCAACCCUCAUUGCCUUUCACUUUAUCGUUGCCAUUGUUCCAAGCAUUUCUCUGGACAAGCUGAGGGAGCUUGGAUGGAUAUUCCCUGUGGGGUCAUCGAAAGAAAAUUGGUAUGAUUAUUACAAGCUGUUCAACUUCCAUAAAGUGCAUUGGAGUCUCGUUUUGAAACAAAUUCCCACAAUGCUGGCCUUAACAUUCUUUGGUAUUCUGCAUGUUCCGAUCAACGUACCAGCAUUGGCAAUCUCAUUGCACAUGGACAAAUAUGACGUCGAUAAGGAGUUGAUUGCACAUGGAUUUUCGAAUAUGAUCAGUGGUUUUCUUGGCUCCAUUCAGAAUUACUUGGUUUACACCAACAGUGUAUUAUUUAUCAGAGCCGGUGCCGAUUCACCCUUAGCCGGAUAUCUUUUGGCCUUCUUGACGUUCAUCGUCAUGAUUAUUGGUCCUGUUAUCAUUUCCUUCAUUCCAACCUGCAUAGUUGGCUCACUGAUCUUCUUGCUUGGCUAUGAGCUACUAUUUGAAGCAUUGGUGGAAACUUGGGGUAAAGUCACCAAUUUCGAAUACAUUACAAUUUUCAUUAUCGUAAUGACAAUGGGGAUCUUUGAUUUUGUGCUUGGUGUUAUAGUGGGAAUACUAAUAGCUUGCUUUUCAUUUCUGGUUGACAGUACUAAGCUGCAAACUAUCAACGGUGAAUAUGAUGGAAAAGUUGCAAAGAGCACUGUUUAUCGUGAUUAUGUCCAAAAUAAAUUUUUGAAUGGCAUUGGUGAACAGAUUUAUGUAUUGAAACUACAAAAUGUUCUCUUUUUUGGAACUAUUAUUUCCAUUGAGGAGAAGAUUAAUAAGCUUCUGGAGAUGGGUGACGGAAAGGAUGCAAGAAUACUCAGAAUUAAGUAUUUGAUUCUGGAUUUUAAAAACAUAAAUGCUGAUAACAUCGAUUAUUCAGCCGCUGAAGGGUUUAACCGGAUCAAGCGUUUCACCCAAUCUAAACGCAUUCAACUGAUAAUAUCCUCAAUUAAAGAAAGAGAUCACAUCUACAGUGCUUUCAGUAAAGUAGGGCUGCUGGAUGAUGUCGAACUGUUUGGUGAUUUGAACAGCGCGCUAGAAUGGUGUGAGAACGAACUUCUCUUUCAGUACAAAGAACUCCGUGAAAAGGCAAGAAGAAGCCUUCUUGACAAGAGAGCUGUUUCGCCGGCAGUUGUAACAGCAGCAGACCGAGGGAAGGAAUUGAAAGAGUCCGGAACACUCGGUAAUGCCAAUUACAACAAUUUGAUGUCGCCAUUGCUUGCAACACCACGGAAUGGCCAAAUGCUGUCCGUAGCUCAAAAGGUUUUUAGAAACGAGCAAAAGACCGUCGACAGUUUAAAAACUCAGUUCAACGAACUACCAGCAGUUCUACCUCUGCUGCUGUUCUCGUUGAAGCUAUACAGACCAACUGUCAUCUCUGAGAAUACUAGUACGAGGACUAAAGAAACACAACAGUGGGCAAGACUAUGCCCGUAUUUCGCAAGAAGAAGACUUGCUUCACAGUCCAUAUUACUGCAUAAUAAUAACAUCUUCUUUGUGAUAGAAACCGGAAUCUUGAAGAUCGUCUAUGAUUUGCCCCAAGGUAUGGUAUAUGAGUCCCUGUCAAAUAGGACAUGCUACGGUAAAAUCCUAACGCCUGGUGUCGGACGCUCUCUUGAAGGAGAUGUCACUAUCAAAACCGAAACCGAGGUAACGGUCUGGAUCAUCGAUUCCAACGCUCUGGCAAAGUUGAAGCAAGAGAAUCCUGACUUAUACACUGAAUUGAUCCUUUUGAUCUCUGUCAUCAAGGAGCAAAGAUACAGACAUGUACUAGGAUACACUCUAAUCAGUGCCUAG